UGCGUUGUGUGCGGCGUUCUGUGUUUGUGUUGAACGUAACGUGUUGGGUACGUUAAAUAUCGCACUCGCCAGCACGAAAUCGAGUCUAAUGGGAAAGAUUAACAACAAAUCGGGCUUGGAGAUAAUCCCGUUGAACGACAAAAACAAGAACGAUCCGGAGAAGACGGGCAGGAUGCCCUACAUUUCCGAUCCGAGUAUUGUACCCAGGGUACAGAAGUACCUGGAGUCCAACAUAGAUAAAACCUACGUGGACAUCAAUCAAAUGGCUGACGAUUUACAGAGGAGAUACAAAGAGUACGCGAGGCGAAAGAGAAGUGUGUUUCGUGCUUCCGUGAAGAAGGCUUAUUCGAUUGUGCUGCAGAGUUACGGCUUGGAAGACCGCGAAUCUUCUGACGAAGACGUCCUGAGCGAAGAUAGCGACGAGGACAAUGAAAAAUUCGACGAGAACAGCGCGGACAAUCAGGACCCGUAUAACCGCCGGCCCAUCAAACCGAAACAGAUGGACGAGAAUGAGCUGAUCGAUAUCAGUAGCGAAGAUUCAGAAGAGGAGGCCCUCCACAAUGACAAGAAAACCAACGGACCAUCGACAUCCAAGAAUCAGCCAGAGGCGUCUUUGUUACAGGGCUUUCUUACCAAUAGGUUGUAUUAUGAAAAGAGGCCUUGUGACCCCCUGACUCAGGACAAGUCCAAGAAGAGGAAGCUUGAGGCCACCAUCAUGCCCAUCACGUCGUUGAACAAACGGAGAAAGGUCAGCCACCAGAUGUCCUACCAAGAGCCUGAAUUUUCUUUUAAAGAUAUUGGAGGCAUGGACAAGACGCUGGAGGACGUCUACAAGGUGCUGCUCCACGUAAAGCACCCAGAGCUGUAUCGCGGGAUCGGGGGCGCUCCCCCCAGGGGGAUCCUUCUCAGCGGUCCCCCCGGCAGCGGAAAGACGCUCCUCGCGAACGCCAUCGCGGGGGAACUGAACAUGCCGAUGGUUAAAAUGGCAGCGCCCGAGCUUGAAGACGGUGUCUCGGGCGACACGAACGCGCGUAUUGGGGAGCUGUUUAGGCGCGCGCAGGGCUCCGCCCAGUGCGUCUUCUUCAUCGACGACAUCGACGCCGUCGCCAAGUGCAACGUCCUCGAGAGGGUCGUGCCCUACAUAUUCGACUGCGUGGACGACUUAAACAAUGGCGACGCGAUGCUCAUCCUAGGUGCCACGAGUCGCCCAGAUCUCCUCGACGCUGCGCUGAGGAGGGCUGCACGUUUCGACGUCGAAAUCUCCCUUAAAAUGCCCGACCGCGAGUCCCGCGUCGACAUCCUCAAAGUGUUGACCUCAGGCGUGACGCUCGACGACGACGUCGACCACGAAUCGCUGGCGGAUCGGACCCCCGGGUUCGUGGGGGCGGACCUCGCUGCCCUUAUUAAGAACGCUUCGGUCGCGGCCGCCGCCAGGGCCCUCGAGGUGUUGGGGGCGGCUAGGAAGGCGGCAGCGAGCAAAGCGGCGGAGGAGAAGGCACGCUCUGUGGCCGGUGUGCUCAAGAUCAAGGCCAAGCAACUGGAGCUGACCAAACGGCAGUCUGAAGAUGAGGCCGAGAUCAUCGUGGACGACGACUCGAAGAGCGCGACCCCCAAGGACAAGGUGGCGGAUGUUCCGUCGGACUCGGUCGUUGUCCUCGAUGACGUGGACGAGACGGUCGUCACCGCGAACAAGAAAGACCCUCCGUCGCCCUCGGCGCUGAAGGCGAACGCGGUCAACGGCGACGCCGCCGCCCCCGCCCCCGUCAUCGAGGACCCGGAGAUAAUCGUCGACGAGGACGUCCAGGAUCCUGCGAUGCCGGUGGACCCGAAGCCAACGACCGCGUUGGAAGACCUGAAGACGUGGCUCAGAGAUCCCGCCCCCUUCGCCAACGUGCGCAAUCUUUGCGUCGCCGCCGCCGACUUCGAUACGGCGCUAAAGGGGGUGGAGUCGCGCGCUCGAACCGAAGGAUUUGCGACGAUGGCGGACGCCGCGUGGGACGACGUCGGGGCGCUCAGAGACGCGAAGGAGGAGCUUCAGAUGUCUAUUCUGGCGCCAGCCAGGCAUCCGAAACAGUUCGAAGGGUUCCGGAUCGCCGCCCCCGCGGCCGUUUUGCUCUGCGGCCCGCCCGGCUGCGGUAAAACCUUGCUGGCGAAGGCGGCCGCGCGCGACGCCUCCGUCAACUUUUUAGCCGUCAAGGGACCGGAAAUGUUAAGCAUCCACGGCGACGGGAGGCGGGCGGCGCGUCUCUGCUUCGAGCGCGCCCGAAGCGCCGCCCCCUGCGUCCUUUUCCUCGACGAAAUCGAGGCGUUGUGCCCCAAACCCGACGGCCCGGUCCGCGUCCUUAACCCGACCCUUUCGGAGAUGGACCGAUUGGAACGCGGGGGCGGCGUAAUGGUUUUGGCCGCCACCAACAGGCCGGAUCUGGUCGAUCCCGCCGCCUUGCGACCCGGAAGGUUCGAGAAAAUCUUGUACAUAGGGCUGCCCUCGAGAGAAGACCGCGUCGACAUCCUCAGGGCGCUCACGAAGAACGGCACCCGGCCCACGCUCGACGCGGAGGUGGAUUUGGUCCAGAUCGGUACGUCGGAACAGACCAAAGGUUUCACGGGCUCGGACCUGGCCGCCCUCGUCAGGGAGGCGUCGUUGUUGGCCUUGAAAGAGUAUCUGGUGGCGGGAGAUAUGUCGGAACCCGAGGUGGUGUACGCGAGGCACUUCGUCAAAGCGUCGGAAAAGAUCAGGCCGUCGGUCGGCGAGAAAGACCAGAAACAUUACGACAAGCUUAGGAGAACGUAUAGCGCGGUGCCGGAGCACGCAGAUGUCGAGGAGAUGGAGUACUCGUAAUCGCUCGAUAGUUUACUGUUUUUUUUUUUUUAAUAGACUAAAAAUAUCUAUUUUCGCAUAUUGAGGGAAGAUUCUAAGUAAGGGAAUGAUUUAUUUGUAACCCGGUAUUUUACAUUAGUUUGAAAUCGCCACGUGUGUCUAAGUUGUACCAAUUGAAUCAUGUUUUUUUUUUAUUGUGUUUAUUUACGUUACCCGUGCGAGAAGGUCCGCCGUUUAGGCGCGAGAAGCGAUAAAAACUACGUAAGAAAUAAAGAUAGUCUGCUGAAUGGAAUUGGGUAACACCCUUACGUCACUCGUGUGAAAAGGCUAGCCGCGCAUGCGCGAGAAACGGUAAAAAGUACGUGAAAAAUAAGGACGGUCGGGCGAAACGGUUUGGGUAACACGAUUACGUCACUCGUGCAAAAUGGUUAGCCGUUUAUGCGUGAGAAACGAUAAAUACUGCAUAAAAAAUAAAUAUUUUCGUAGAGAAGGCAAUGAUUUUCCGCGCACGCCUGUAUAUUUCCCCACUAACCUGCAGUUUGCUGUCUUAAAAACGCAGCAUCCAAAUUAACUGCUAAAAAAGAGAUUUUAAAUCUCGAGCGUUUUUUUACGUUUUAGCCUGUUUUGAUGUGUUUGCAGUGUCAGUAUUAGGGUGGUUUCGAGUAAAUGAAAGUAAGACUUCGACUAUUUAUUUUUUACAAGAAUAUAUCCUGCGACAAAUAUCGUUUUACUUUAAAGCGUAUAAUUAAAAGUAAAAAAAUUUCAAUAGCAAUUUAAUUUUUCUUGGAACGGCAAUUAAUUUUAUGGGGCGACUGCUACAUAAACCAAUUCAACGUUUCCACUUUUAAACGAUCGUUGUUGGUCACGUACCAACCCAUUUACUAUCACUUGUAUUUCGGACCAUUAAAAAAAAAAGAAAACUGCUUCCACCACAGACUAUACGAAGGUAAUUAGUUUGUGAAGGUAUCAGAACUUCGGAAACAAAUACAAUGUAUUUAUAUAUAUAUAAAUAUAUAUAUAU